AUGUCCUGCUACGACCUGUGCCCCCCCAGGAGCAGCGCUGACCUGUGCCCCCCCAGGACCAGCGUGGCCGUGCCCCAGCCCAUCGCUGAGAGCUGCAACGAGCUGUGCGCCCGCCAGUGCCCCGACUCCUCGGCCUUGAUCCAGCCGCCGCCCGUGGUGGUCACCUUCCCCGGGCCCAUCCUCACCUCCUUCCCCCAGCAGACCGUGGUGGGCUCCUCCGGAGCACCGGCCUUUGGCGGCUCCCUGGGGCUGGGCGGCCUCUACGGCACCGGCGCCACCCAGGCCUCGGGGGGCCUCUGCACCUUUGGCAGAGCCUACGCUGCUCCCGCCUGCAGCCCUUGCGCCCUGCCCCGCUACAGCAAGAAGCUCUGGGACACCUGCGGGCCCUGCUAG